CACACUUCUACUCAAACAUAGAGACACAGUGCUUGGAAAACAAGCACAUCUGUAGAAGAUACAAAGCUUUUUUCUUAUUUGUGCUUUAGUUAGUGAGUAAAAACAUGACAGCACAAAGCUGUAUUUUGAUUAAAGGGGGGAAAGUGGUAAAUGAGGAUUUCUCUGUGAUGGCAGACGUGUAUAUCGAAGAUGGAGUUAUCAGUGGUGUUGGAACAGAUCUGCAGGUGGCCGCUGGCACACGGGUCAUUGAUGCCACACACAAACUGGUGCUGCCGGGUGGAAUAGACUCUCACACUCACAUGGAGCUGUCUUUCAUGGGCACCACAACUGCGGAUGACUUUCAGACCGGCACCCAGGCUGCGGUCGCAGGAGGAACGACCAUGAUCCUGGACUUUGUCAUCGCACAGAAGGGGUGUUCGCUUCUGGAGGCCUAUGAGCGCUGGAGGAGAACGGCUGACCCCAAAGUCUGCUGCGAUUACUCCCUUCAUAUGGCAGUGACCUGGUGGGACGACACUGUCAAGAAAGAAAUGGAGACUCUUGUUUCUGAAAAAGGCAUCAACUCUUUUAAGAUGUUUAUGGCAUACAAAGACCUCUACAUGCUGCAAGACCUCGAGCUCUAUGCUGUUUUCUCCACAUGUAAAGAGAUUGGGGCAAUAGCUCAAGUCCAUGCAGAGAAUGGAGACCUUAUUGCAGAGGGUGCAAAGCGUAUGCUCUCUCUAGGCAUCACGGGUCCCGAGGGGCAUGAAAUGUGUCGUCCAGAAGAAGUGGAGGCGGAGGCCACACAGCGUGCCAUCACUAUUGCUCAUGCCACAAAUUGCCCGCUUUAUGUGGUACACGUCAUGAGCAAAUCUGCAGCGAAGGUGGUGGCUAAUGCACGCAGAAAUGGUCGAUUGGUGUUUGGAGAGCCCAUUGCGGCUGGACUGGGCACAGAUGGCACUCACUAUUGGCAUGAGAACUGGGCUCAUGCUGCUGGUUUUGUCAUGGGCCCACCAUUGAGACCAGAUCCCAGUACCCCUGGAUAUCUGAUGGACCUGCUGGCCAAUGAUGAUCUAAGCGUAACAGGAACAGAUAACUGCACAUUCUCUGUGUGCCAGAAAGCCCUUGGGAAAGAUGACUUCACUAAAAUCCCAAAUGGAGUCAAUGGUGUUGAAGACCGCAUGUCUGUUAUAUGGGAGAAGGGAGUGCACAGCGGAAAAAUGGAUGAAAACCGGUUUGUAGCAGUCACCAGUACUAACGCAGCAAAAAUCUUCAACCUUUAUCCUCGAAAAGGGAGAAUUGCUAAAGGCUCUGAUGCAGACUUGGUCAUAUGGGACCCAAAGGCCAGCAGAGUGAUUUCAGCAAAGACUCACCACCAGGCUGUGGAUUAUAACAUCUUUGAGGGAAUGCUGUGUCAUGGGGUUCCAGUGGUCACAAUUUCCAGGGGGAAAGUGGUUUAUGAAAAUGGCAAACUGUUCACAAAGCCGGGUGAGGGACGAUACAUUCCGCGCAAACCCUUUGCUGAAUUUGUGUACAAGAGAAUAAAUCAACGGGAAAAGGUUGGAACUCCGAGUGCUGUAUGCAGAGAACCAUACACUGGAGAAAUCAUAUCUAUUGGUCUAAAACAAUAGUCCUGAAUCAUGGAGGAAAACUGUUUUACAACAAAGAUGGUUGUGCAGUACGUGUACAUUUUUUAAAUGUAAGGCUGCAGUUAAAGCCAAAGAAUUAAUUACAGUCUAAUGCCACAGAAGAAACUUCUAAAUCCCCAAAGAACUUUUGAAAAACACAGAAAGUAUCACACUGCUCCAUAAAACUGUUUUAAAGACACUUAAACUUUACACCGAUCACUAGAGCACUAACUCAAUCACUUUCCUUCAGCUUUCUAGAACAAAAUACACACCCAGACAAAAGUCUUGUCGCCUAUCCAGGUUUUAAGAACAACAAAUAAUAACCUGACUUCUAGUUGAUCACUUGGUAUGAAAAGUGGCUUAUGUGAAAGGCAAAGGCCUCAAGAUUACGCUUAUUUUACCAAAAUAAAAUAUGAUCAUGCCUUGAUUUUUAAUGAUUUAACUAGGAGAGUAAGGUCUGCUUAAGUGCUUAAGUCUUAUUUAACAGAAAUAAUGUACGGUAUACAAUAUAUAGUCAUGGUGCAGUGGAAAAAGAAUGAAUAUUGUGUAUGACUCCCAUGAUCUUGGAGGGCUGCAUCCAUACAUCUCUGCAAUGACUCAAAUAACUGAUUAAUAAAGUCAUCUGGAAAGGCAAAGAAAGAGUUCUUGCAUGACUCCCGUGGUUCAUCAAGAUUCUUUGAAUUCAUCUUAAAUGCCUCCUCCUUCAUCUUACCCCACACAAUCUCAAUAAUGUUUAUAUCUUGUGACUGAGCUGGCCAACUCUGGAGCACCUUGACCUUCUUUGCUUUAGGAACUUUGAUUUAGAGGCUGAAGUAUGAGAAGGUUUGCUAUCUUGCUGAAGAAUUUGCCCUCUCCUGUGGUUUGUAAUGUAAUGGGCAGCACAAAUGUCUUGAUUCCUCAGGCUGUUGAUGUUGCCAUUCACUCUGCAAAUUUCUCACAAGCCUCUAUACUGAAUGUCAUUAAAUAAACCAUGAUUUUUCCUUGACUUAUUUCUGUGAGAAUCUAGGGUCCAUGUGAGUUCCAAUAGGCCUUCUGCAGUAUUUGUGAUAAUCAAGUUAUUAUUUGUUGCCCUUACAACUGUUAUCGACAACAAGAUAUUUGUCAGGUAGUUAUUACGCCCCAAGUCUAGGGGAAACGAAAAGGGCAUAAUAAACGAAGAACAAACAAA